AUGCCCUUUGGAGUGUGGGAUGAGUCAGACUGGCGACCAGUGAACUAUGGAUUGCCAGGUUCGCUGGCACAAGAAGCAUCAUCCAUACCCUCGGAGUGUUUGCUGCAAGCGAAAGCUGAGGCACGCCGAUCCCGAACAUGUGUCGCUUCUGUCACAUCCAGUAGCAGCUUGGGCUUCACCGGCAAAGCUCUGCGGACAGGAGGUCCGUCCCUGGCAUCUACGCAUUUCACAUCUCGCUGGCACGGCAGCUGCACAUCCAUCGGUGAGCUUCAAGAUUCUGUUGACACGACUCAAGGAGUGCAGGGAUUGUCCAGUCCAUUCACAUCGUGUUGCGAUUCGGAUGACGAGGAUGAGACGCUCAUCAAGUUUUCAGAGGUGGUUCUGCAGAAGUGGAAAAGAGAGGGGGAUCCAAGCCUUUUGCCAGCCAAGAAGAACUUUUUAUAUGAUCCACGCUCCGAAGACAACGCUCCACGUUUUCUCCCGGGAUACAGUAUGGCCCGAUCCAUGACUACAGCAUCGAUGGUAUUGGAGAACUUGCAGAAAGAGUUGGGAUCCUUCGAGCGUGGCGAUCCGGGCGUUGAUGAGGACGCCAAGCUCACAAUCGGCGAAGCAGUACAGCUGAUCGCCAAUGGCACAGUCAUUGGAGCGGUGGCGGAGGACAUGCUCAAGAAGCUGAAGACAGGUGGGGUCCGAUCUGGGAUCCCGAGGAGAUACGUGGUGACCUACGAGUUAUAUGGCUUGCUGACAAACAAGGUCAGGGAUGUGCUCGAUCAGAUGGAUGAAAUUUCUCAGACAGAGGUACAGCAAGCAGACCUCGCAGUGAAGAUGCAUGCUGCUGGCAACAUCGAUGCUUCCUCCAUUGCGAGAGCUGUUGGCAGGGAGAACGACGAGGACUUCAUCACAAAAUUGAAAUCAGCUGCGGACACAGCGGACACAGCCAUCCAGCCAGACGAGACCGAGGUGGACCAGCAAGAGCCGAUUGUUGGCGAGAUGGACAAGCUUCUGACUAGAGAGGAGUUGAAGAAUCUACUGAGAGACGUCAUAUCCGGCUUAGAUCGUUUUCGCUGGCAAGACCUGGCAAACGACUUGAAGAAGUGGUGCACAACAGGAGAGACCUCCGACAACGUGGUGCGUCGCCUUUUAGAAGACACGGUUGAACUGCAACGGGAAGCGGUGAGCGUCUUGGCUCUCUCCAAGAUACUCGCGGAGGAGACCUUGAGUUCGCGAAUUUUACUUGCAGCGAGGGCACUCGCCGAUUUCAACGAUGCUGUCGACAGGGAGAUGGGCCUGAUGCUGGAACGCUUUGGGAUCGACCCUGCGCUUAUUUCAAGGACGUACACUCACUCUGCAAGCCUGCUCGAUGCUUUUGCUUCCAAGAAGAGCUUAAGCAGUUUAGACUGUGAGGAGGAGACGGAAUCAGUGCUUGCGGACUCGCAGCCGUUUGCCACAACUGCUAUCCUGUCUGACAUGGAGAAGGCCAUGGUUAAGCAGCGCGAUCAUCAACGGAGGGUCCACAAGAAGGUCAAAGGAGAUCUCACUGCUUUGAUGCAGGAGCAUCGUCGCAAAGUUGAACUGAACAGAUCCUUGUAUGACCAUUUGAUGAUGACCACGAUGCGGGACGAGCGCACGCGCAAAGGGGGGCAGGAGGUUGGCAACGAGAACUAUUUGCAAUCGGCCAUGCAGAGGCAGCCGACCCAUGAGUCUCAAGAGCUGGAAGUGGAUGAGCUGCAAACUCCACCCGACAUCCCACCGGAGGAGGAGGAUGCCGCUGAAGCCGAUGAAGCAUCGAAACCUCCUCCGGCUGCUCCGGGUCGACCUCAAAAAGGCAAGGGGACCACCGGGACCGCCAGCGGCACCAGACCAUCCGGAGGCUGGCCGUGUGAGAAGUGCUUGAAGCGAAGCUCUAUGUGUUUUCGCUGA